AUGUGUCGCUUUGAGAUCUUGGGACGUUCAAUUCUAUAUUGGCAACGUCAGAAGUCUAAACGAGAUAGAGAUCUCGCCUUGAGGUUCGGAAUUACCACCACAAUGCUCCACGAAAUCCUCCUCUGCCUCUCAGGCCAGCCGUCGCCUCUUUUCAAUCCGCAAAGUGAAGAACCUGUUGUCGCUGAAGAUUCCUUCCCUCUCGUCUCUCCCCCGGAAAAGGCCCUCCUCGCCUCACUUGCCCAUUUAAGCCGUCUCCAUGCCAAAUUGCGAUACUUUACAGGAUUGAUAUCGGCUUCCCACGAUUCCGUCAUUUGUCGGGCAGUCUCGACGGCUAUCAGUUCGCAACAUCUCGGGGGGUUUCAGAGAAAAAUAUUAGAGGUGGAAAAGGCGAUCUUGGUCGAAGACAGUGCAUAUGUGGGUGGUUACGGCAUUGUGCCGCUGUCCACAAUCGUCGGAGAAUUUGCGCCCUGGACUCGGCGACUGGAAUGGAUGUGGCAAGUGAUAAGGUAUAUACAGCUUGCAAACACGAAAGGGACCGGCCCAACAUGCAGUGGCGCAGCCUUGAUGGACCACCUUCGAGCGGAACUGCAAACGGGUUAUGCCGACGUGAGGGAGAUUGCACUUCACCUGGUUAGCACUGCGGAGACUGCUUGGAUCCGGCAAUUAUCGACGUGGUUACUAUAUGGAAACCUCCCGAUCCUCGGGAAAACCGACUUCUUUAUCCAGGAAGCCGAUGCGGCAAAUUUUGAACUACAUGCGGAGCUUCUACCGCAAUUUGUGCUACCCCAGACAGCAUCAUCUAUCCUCUUUAUUGGCAAGACAUUGAAUCUAAUUCGAGCGAAACGGGGUACUUUGAACGAUGCCGGUCUUUCCACGUCUCCAGUCACGCUACGGGAAGAGCAUAUUAAGCAUCUUGCUGCUCUGAAGUCACCCAUGACGGCAACCAUGAUCUCCACUGUUGUUGUAUCUAUACGGCUUUCUUUGUCUCAAAGCACGCUCUCAGCCCUCCUGCCGACAGCUAAGAUUCUUGAAACAUUGUCGGUCUUACAUGAUUUCUUGCUACUCGGACGUGGAGAAUUCGCAACAGCGCUUGUUUCGCAUGCAGACUCUCGUCUACACGAGAAGCGACAGAAAAAUGCGAGCUCGAGAUCCAAGAGUAAACCGAUGGCUGAGCUUGGAGGCACAUCUAUCAAAGAGGUCGACGUGAUGGCAACCUUGGCCCAGACGUUGACGGAGCUCUACUCUUUGCAGAAUGAGGAGGAUCCUGCAGAUGAUGAACUUGACCACGCAAAGUCCUUGCUACGUUUGACAAUUGAUGAUCACAGGGGUGAUGGAGAAGAGGCGUUGUCUCAAGGUGCGAACGAAGUCCAUUCAGGUAUCAGGUUAUCCACGAUAAAAUUCGACGAUCUCCUGUUUCCCAUCGCAACGGAGCUUUCGGUGCAAGUCAAUCCUCCCCUCGAUUUGUUCCUUUCCGCCUCUGAUACGUCUGUGUACUCGAGGAUCCACUCCUUUCUUUUAGGUAUCCGUCGCGCUCAUAUUCACCUUGGUGACCUUUGGAAACACACCUCUCUCCGGAGAUGCUAUCCUUCGCCCUGGGGGCCUCCUCGCAGCAAUACUCCCUAUGGUCAGAACAGGCUUAAUGAAGGGAGACACAGGGACAACGCCAGACUCCGGCAGAUGAGGGCAGUUUGGGCAACGUGUAGUGGCUCGCUCUUUGUGCUCUCCGAGAUCGGAAGUUAUUUUCAGGGAGAGAUCAUCAACGAAUCAUGGCAACACUUCCAACAAUGGAUUGAGGGCGGCACAUCCCAAUCGACAUAUGCUACAGGCUCCCGACCUGGAACAGCAUCAUCGGCGAGAAGCAAACAGGCUAGUGCGCCCCUGACAGCUUCCCGGGCGUCGGAUUCGAGCUCCAACCGCGAUAGCCAGGGCCUCAGACGGCAUGAUCCAGAAACUAUAACUGCUGCUCAUCGUCGGUAUCUUUUCACUCUAGCUGAAGCUCUUUUUCUGACAGACGUGCCAUUUACGAAGGCGCUGAGGUUCCUGCUCGCAGGCAUCGAGCACUUUAUUGCGCUUGUGGUGCGCCUUGAAGGCAUACAACGCCAUAUGGACCUAGAGACAGACGAAGGGGUGAUUGACUCUUUAGUAGACUACGCAGGAGAGGAACGGGAAGUGUGGCAGGCACUCGAAGCUGCACGGCUUGGUGUCGAAGGUGGAAUCAGAGAUGUUAUCUUACGCCUUCAAGACAUAGAUGACAACCGAUUUGGCGAAGGGCGGCAAUUGUUUGACACGAUCAAGGACAAAGGUGAUGACUGGUCGUAUCGGUCUCUUGAUGCCGAGCCAGGCUUUCAACACUACGUUCCCCGGAAGGCAGCCGGCGUUGAUCGGCUUCUCAUGAAACUAGACUUCGGGAAUGCCAAUGGGAGCAUUGGACCUGGUGCUGCUGCAGGCGGGACUGCCGGCAUUGCUUAA